AUGGACGAAAAUACAGAUAUCAAAGAUAGCUCUGAAAAUAAUAUUUCAGAGCUUGAGUCAUAUAUUUUAGAGCUCAACAAGAAGGCCAUGACAAAUUUAGAUUCCCCUAAAGAGUCGCUUCAGUUUUUGCAGGAAGCUGAAAAGAUUUUGCUUGACGGGGCAAAUCCUGAAAUAUCCAAUAUGCAAAACCGAUUGAAAUUAACUUCUAUUACAUUCAAUAAUUUUGGCUGCUAUUAUAAACGAACCAAGCAGCCAAAUGUAGCUUUAUUUUACCUAAAACAAGCUUUUAAGCUUGAAGUCCAAACAUAUUCAGAUCCUGCAGCAAUUGCAUCAACUCAGCUCAAUAUCUGUGCCAUAAAUUCACAGCUUGGCAAACAUGAUAUUGCGCUGAAUUAUGCAAUUCAAGCCUUAAGCUUGCUUACUCUCUACUUUCGUGAGCGUACAAAGCUAUUGGAAAAAUCCCUAUUAUUUGACCGAAUACCAACCCUCCAUGAACAACAAAUGUUUUAAUUUAUGAAAAUAUAUAUUGAUAUAUAAAUGAUAAUUAGUAUAAUGAAAUCUCUAACUAAUUCAGUUGAAUUUCAUUUUAAAAUAUAAAUUUUACAAAAUAGAUUAUUAGAAAAAAAUAUAGAAUUUAUAUAAUUUUUGUUUUAAAAAAAUUAACCCCUAUGAGCGAAAAAAAAAUUUUUUGUUCACUUACGGAGCAGGUUGGGAGUUAAAGAUAUAGAAAAUAGUGACGAAAAUUUAGCUGAAAAUGCUGUAACGACAUUGAUUGUUGCUCACUAUAAUGUAGGAGUAGAAAAUGAAUACCUUCAAAAAUUUGAUCAUGCUUUAGAGCAUUACAGCCACAGACAGAUUAUUUCUCGCACAUGUCGCCAAUUUGAGUCCAACUCGUAGUUGGUUCCACAAUAAAUGUUGCAAAGCCAACUCCACGAGUUGAAAAUGUGCCUGUAAUUGCCAUUUUUCAACAUAUGGAGUUGAUUUGGUUUUAUGUCAAGCUACUCCACAAGCUAUCCCUCCAAUUGGCAGCUAGGAUGAGAGAAUAAUCUGUCCCAGGCUAUAUCAAAAAGGCUAUGAUUUUGCAUUAAAACAUUUAGGCCCAAGCAACCAAUUGACUGAAAAUCUGUUUAAUAGCUUGAUGCAGUCAAGUAAGCGAUAUGGAGCAUUUAAUGUUUUUCAACAAACUCGUCAGAAUAAGCGAGAACUAAGCAGAGUCAUUUCCCACAGUCUUACUCCAUCUCUAAAAUCAAGGAAACCUGAAAUUCUUGAUAAUAUUUCAAGGCUAAACACAGGGUAUCGAAAAACUCCAAUACCAAAAAUGAGGUCACGGAAAAAAAUUACCCCAGAAAUGAAUUUAAAUCAAAGCUACACUUAUAACCCCACCUAUAAUCCAAGCUCCCCAAUUGAUCGAAAAAGACUAAUAGAACUAGGUAUUGGUGGAACAAGAAAAUAUUUAGAUGCGACUAGGCGUCUAAAAAUGUACUGUGCUAAGAUUAUAUCUUAA